GGAUAGAGCGUCGCUUCCGCUUAGAGCCGCGUGUGACCUUCCCGCUUGCGGAGCUAUGCUGCCGGUGGCGGCUAGCCGCUGCCUGUGGGGGCCACGGCUUGGACUCCGGGGGGCAGCGCUUCGCCUUGCCAGGCAACAGAUGCCCAGCGUCUGUGCAGCGCGGCAGUUGAGAAGCAGCAGCCACCGAAGGAGUGAAGCACUCGCCGGCGCACCUCUGGAUAAUGCUCCCAAAGAAUACCCCCCCAAGAUCCAGCAGCUGGUCCAAGACAUUGCCAGCCUUACGCUCCUGGAGAUCUCAGACCUCAACGAACUCCUGAAGAAAACAUUGAAGAUCCAGGAUGUCGGCCUUAUGCCAAUGGGUGGCAUGGUGCCUGGUCCCGUCUCUGCUGCAGCACCGGCCUCUGAGGCGGCCGAGGAGGAAGACGUCCCCAAACAGAAAGAGCGGACACACUUCACCGUCCGCCUGACAGAGGCAAAGCCUGUGGACAAAGUAAAGCUGAUCAAGGAGAUCAAGAACUACGUCCAGGGCAUCAACCUCGUCCAGGCCAAGAAGCUGGUAGAGUCCCUGCCCCAGGAAAUCAAAGCCAACGUCGCCAAAGCUGAGGCCGAGAAGAUCAAAGCAGCCUUGGAGGCAGUGGGUGGCACCGUGGUUCUGGAGUGAGGCAUGGUUAUGAGGACUUACGGACUAGAGUUCUGGGAUCCGGGCAAAGCCUGCUCACCCCGAUUCACUCCCAGCUGCUGUGGUGGGAGCAACAGCUAGUGACGCGAGUGUCCGAAGUCUCCUGAGAGGGACAGGAUGGACCUACUGUGAUGGGGUGGGGCAGUGACAACCUUUGCAGAACUCACAAGAGAUUGCCUUGGGAGCUUACCAAGUGAACACACCCUCUGGUGGCUACUGAGAAAAUAUACUAUUCAGGCUGGGGUGUUCAAUGAGUGGUGUGUGUGCCCAGGGCUGGGAGUAUAAAGGACCACCUGGAGGCA